AUGUCAAAAAAUAAAAAACGAAAAAAUCCAUCAGCAUCUUCAUCAUCGAGCAAAGCACCAUCAACAUCACAUUCUCUUUCAUUAAAGAAUCGUUCUUCAUCGAAAGCUACUUCAUCAUCUAUCAAUGGUGCUAAAGUUCGUUCACAAUCAACCAUUAAACGAUUACAAAUGUAUCGUGGUGGUAAACCAAAACGUGAUCCAUCAGGCAGAAUUACUCAAGCAGCAAUUUUUCAAGAACGACUUCCAUCAGGUACACAAGCUCGUGUUGCACCUAAUCGUCAAUGGUUUAAUAAUAGUCGUGUUGUUACACAAAAUUCAUUACAAAAAUUUCAAGCAGCUUUAUCAACAACACUUGCUGAUCCAUAUCAAGUUGUGAUGAAACAAACUCAAUUACCGGUUACAUUAUUAAAUGAAAAAGCUAAACAAAAACGUGUUCAUAUACUUGAUGUUGAAUCAUUUGAAUCAACAUUUGGACCUAAAUCACAACGAAAACGACCAUCACAUAUUCCUGGUGGCGAUGAUAUAGAAGCAUUAGUGGCACAUGUUGAACAAAAACAAAAUGACUAUGAUCAAGAUAAGGAUCUUGAUUUAGUUCGUGAACAUGAUGGAGUUAAACAAGAAACUAUGAAUCCAUUAUUUAGAGCUGGACAAAGUAAACGUAUAUGGAAUGAACUUUAUAAAGUUAUUGAUUCAUCUGAUGUUAUUCUUCAAGUUCUUGAUGCACGUAAUCCUGAAGGUACACGAUGUCGUCAAGUUGAAGCAUAUUUAAAAAAAGAAAAAUCUCAUAAACAUUUAAUUUUUAUUUUAAAUAAAUGUGAUUUGGUUCCUGUAUGGGUUACACAACGAUGGGUAGCUAUACUUUCUCGUUCACAUCCAACACUUGCAUUUCAUGCUAGUAUGAGAAAAUCAUUUGGUAAACAAGCAUUAAUACAAUUAUUAAGACAAUUUUCUCGUUUACAUCAAGAUAAAAAACAAAUUUCCAUUGGUUUUAUUGGAUAUCCAAAUGUUGGUAAAUCAUCUGUGAUAAACACAUUACGAUCAGAAAAAGUUGCUCCUAUUGCUGGUGAAACUAAAGUUUGGCAAUAUAUAACAUUAAUGAAACGUAUGUUUCUUAUUGAUUGUCCUGGAAUUGUUUAUCCAGCAGAAGAUUCUGAAACAGACAUUGUUCUUAAAGGUGUUGUUCGUGUUGAAAAUGUUCCACAACCAGAACAAUAUAUUGAAGAAUUAUUAAAACGUGUUAAACAUGAAUAUAUACUUAAAACAUAUUCAAUCGAUGAUUUUACAACAGCUGAAGAUUUUCUAGAAAAAUUAGCAAGAAAAACAGGAAAAUUAUUAAAAGGUGCCGAACCAGAUUUACAAACAGUUGCAAAAAUGGUUUUAAACGAUUAUCAACGUGGCAAACUACCUCAUUAUGUACCACCACCAGAAGAUCCAAACAGACAAGAUAAUGAUGAAAUGUAA